AUGGCGCAGCAAGAAAAUCAACUGGACAGAGAAAGAUUCUGUUGUUCGAUCUGUCUGGAUCCACUGAAGGAUCCGGUGACUACUGGCUGUGGACACAGCUACUGUCUGAGCUGUAUUAACACCCACUGGGACAAAGGGGAGGAGAGAGGAAGCUACAGCUGCCCUCAGUGUAGACAGACCUUCACACCGAGGCCUGUCCGGGAAAACACCAUGUUAGCUGAUUUAGUGGAGGAGCUGAAGAAGACUGGACUCCAAGCUGCUCCUGCUGAUCACUGCUAUGCUGGACCUGAAGAUGUGGCCUGUGAUUUCUGCACUGGGAGAAAACUGAAAGCUCUCAAGUCCUGUUUGGUUUGUUUAGCCUCUUAUUGUGAAAAACACCUCCAGCCUCAUUUUCAGUCACCUCCAUUUAAGAAGCACAAGCUGGUGGAGCCCUCGGAGAAGCUCCAGGAGAACAUCUGCUCUCGUCACGAUGAGGUGAUGAAGAUGUUCUGCCGCACUGAUCAGCAGUGUAUCUGUUAUCUCUGCUCUGUGGAUGAACAUAAAGACCACGACACAGUGUCAGCUGCAGCAGAAAGGACUGAGAGGCAGAGAGAGCUCGGGCUGAGGAGACAAACAAUCCAGCAGGGACUCCAGGACAGAGAGAAAGAUGUGAAGCUGCUUCAACAGGAGGAGGAGACCGUCAAUGGCUCUGCUGAUAAAGCAGUGAAGGACAGUGAGAAGAUCUUCACUGAGCUGAUCCGUCUGCUGGAGAAAAGAAGCUCUGAUGUGAAGAAGCAGAUCAGAUCCAAGCAGCAAACUGAAGUGAGUCGAGUCAGAGAGCUUCAGGAGAGACUGGAGCAGGAGAUCACUGAGCUGAAGAGGAAAGACCAUGAACUGAAGCAGCUCUCAGACACAGAGGAUCACAACCAGUUUCUACACAACUACCCCUCACUGUCACCACUCAGUGAAUCUACACACUCAUCCAGCAUCAGGAUCCGUCCUCUGAGGUACUUUGAGGACGUGACAGCAGCUGUGUCACAGGUCAGAGGUCGACUACAGGACAUUCUGAGUGAGAAAAAGAUUUUACAGAUUGUGUCUCAAGUGAAUGUUUUACUGCUACAACCAGAGCUCAAGACCAGAGCUGACUUCUUAAACUAUUCACAGGAAAUCACACUGGAUCCAAACACAGCACACAAACAUCUGUUAUUAUCUGAGGGAAACAGAAAAGUAACAGUAAUGAGAGAAGAACAGUCUUAUUCUGAUCACCCAGACAGAUUCACUGGUUGUUGGCAGGUCCUGAGUAGAGAGAGUCUGACUGGACGUUGUUACUGGGAGGUGGAGGUGAAGGUGAGAGGACCAGUUUAUGUAGCAGUCACAUACAAGAAUAUCAGCAGAGCAGGGUACUCACAAGAAUGUUUUUUUGGAGGUCCUCUGUCCUCCAGAGUAGGAGUGUACCUGGAUCAGAGUGCAGGUGUUCUGUCCUUCUACAGCGUCUCUGACACCAUGACUCUCCUCCACAGAGUCCAGGCCACAGUCACUCAGCCUCUCUAUGCUGGAGUUAUGGUUUGUUGUGAUGGAGCCACAGCUGAGUUCUGUAAACUCAAAUAGACUCGAGUCAUUAAAAGCAGUGAUUUAAACCUGGCGGAUCCUGUGUCUAGCUGGCUGAUCCUGAUAAUAAUGGCGGAUCCUGUAUCGUGUUGGCAUCUGAUAGUGGUGGUGGACCACGAUGUAGGUGGCAGCUGAACAUGGACUAUGAUUACAACAAGACUGCUUGAUAUAUAAUAUUUCUCCUCAGAU